GUGAUGAUCCGCCGGCGGAGCAGCCGCAGCAGCCCCGCGCGUCACCGCGCGGCCGCCUCCCCCGCCCCCUGCGGAGAGAGCGGCGCACACCCCUCGCUCGUACCCGCCUGCCCGCCCGCCCUCCAGAGUGUGGGGGGAUUGGAGACGGGAGAAGGGGGCGGGAGCGGACAGACCGACGGAUGGACGGAGCGGGCCGGGGCUGGGUGGAGACAUCGCCCCCACCGGGUCUCCCACCCUCCGGGCUCCCGCGAGCUUUUACAAAGGCGCAAGUACCCGGGCGCCCAGUUCCCGGAUGCCUACGGGAAGGAGCUCUUCGACAAGGCCAACAAACACCACUUCUUCCACAGCCUGGCUCUGUUAGGGGUGCCCCAUUGCAGAAAGCCCGUCUGGGCCGGGUUACUGCUAGCCUCUGGAACCACCUUAUUCUGCACCAGCUUUUACUACCAGGCUCUGAGUGGAGACCCCAGCAUCCAGACUUUGGCCCCCGUGGGAGGGAGCCUGUUAAUCUUGGGCUGGCUUGCCUUGGCCCUUUGAACUUCUUUGUAAUUGAUUGCUGGGUACUUCUUUAAGAGUUGGAGCAGGGAGGAGAUUAAAAGGGAAAGGCAAAUAAAGAACGCGAGUCUUUGUUCGUCUAA